GGAGCAACCAUUAUUCAGAUGGCAAAUCUGAGGAGACAUUUAGAGAGAGACAUCGGGAGAGUUGACUCAAAAAAACACUCUAAUGGAGUUCCAAGCUCUCAUCCUAAUAUCAGUAGCUACACUAGGCUUCAUUUCUCUUUGCAGCUCUAUCAUCAAUCUCGUGAAAUGGGUAUAUAUUAUGUUUCUUCGACCACCAAAGAAUCUGAAACGAAGCUACGGCUCGUGGGCUGUAAUCACAGGCUCGACCGAUGGGAUCGGAAAAGCCAUAGCGAUGGAGUUAGCAUCGGAGGGACUCAACCUGGUGUUAGUCGGCCGAGACUCUCUCAAACUCGAAUCCACUUCUUCAGAGAUUCGUCGCAGAAUUGGCGAUCGAGUCUCAAUCAGAACGAUCGUGAUCGACUUUGCGAAAGUCGGUGGGGAAGAGAUUGAGAAGAGAAUUGGAGAAGAGAUCGAAGGAUUGGAUGUUGGUGUUUUGAUUAACAACGCCGGGUUGGCUUACCCUUUUGCGAGGUUUUUUCAUGAAGUUGAUUUAAAUUUGAUGGAGAGUGUUGUUGGGGUGAAUAUUGUGGGUGCCACUUGGGUCACUAAGGCUGUGCUUGCAGGUAUGUUGAAGAAAAAGAAAGGUGCUAUUGUGAAUAUUGGAUCUGGAUCGUCAGGUGCCGCUGUUUCAUCGUACCCUCUGUACACCAUUUAUGCAGCCACUAAAGCGUACAUUGAGCUGUUUUCAAGAUGCAUCAGUUUGGAAUACAAGCAACAUGGAAUUGAUGUUCAGUGCCAGAUCCCGUUACUCGUGGCGACAAAGAUGACAUCCAUUAAAAGGACUUCUUUCUUCAUUCCAUCCCCAGAGACAUAUAGCAAAGCAAGUUUACGAGCAAUCGGUUACGAGCAGAUUUCUAUACCAUACUGGCCACAUUCUCUGCAGUGUUGCCUAAUCCGAGCACUCCCAGAUGUUGUACAGGAUUACUGUCUUCUUCGGUAUUUCCUUGGAAUGCGAAAGAGAGGGCUCAAGAAACAACAGCAGGAGCAGCAGCAAAAGAAGUAAUGAAAUAAUGAGCAAAGAAAUUAGUUACAAGGAAGAUUAAGGAAAACAGUAUGCUCUGUCUUUUGAAUAAAUGGAAUGAAGAGAAGAUGAAAAUGGAGGAGAUAGAUACAUGGUAGUAUGAAAUUGUACUUUCGUCAGUGGUUGAUCUUUGGUCCUUAUUUUAAUUUUAAUAAUUUGGUUUUUACACUUUUAAUUGUAAUUUCAAUUUAAUAUGGUCUGAUUUCGAUGAAUUAAACAAUUUAUUUUGUAAGUCCCUCUGUAUAUAU